AUGUUCAGAGUUAUAGGUGCCCUUACCGGCUCUGGAAACUAUGCAGAAAUUAGUCAAGAAGAACGAAGCCAGAAAAUCCUUAGCCAAGCUCAUGACUUUGAGGUAGCAUUGCAAGCAAUGGAUUAUGUCCUGGAUGACCAUCCAGGAAAGGGCAUGAAACUCUUGGAAGGGGCUGAAAACAGCGCGGAUGGUGAUGAUCGUAGUGUCAGCGUGUUGGCACGCGGUGUAAUAGAGUUCCUGGAAGCCACUCUUGGAUUCGAAUCAAGCGUCAUGAAAAAGGCCGCAGCAACACUAGCAGAGGCGCAACAACUAUCUCAAAAAAGAAGGCAGUACUUCCAGAAAAUCAACUUAAAAACGAGCUCGUUGUAUCCGCCAGGAACUGAAUAUGCUGUCACAUUUACGGAAGCUUGUUUGCUCCACGCCUUACUGAUGCUUUUCAGUGAGAGCAUGGUGGAAAGUGCAAAAGCAUUGUUUAAGUUGAGAAAGGCCUACCACAUGCUACAGGAGGUUCUGAACGACAUCAAAGCUGCCAAAUUGAAGGCUAAGUCACCUUUGUACGCCCAAGAUGCCAACGAAUCCUUUGCGUCCUUUACUGCUGAUGAUACUACGACCUUUAAUUCCGUAGACCUUCCUUAUCAAUUAACGGCUCAGGAGCAACACGAUCGUGAGUUGAUGAAGUUAGCAGAAGAUGUAUACCACAUGCGAAAGAAAAGACUACAAGGCGCACAUAUUGGCAACUCGCCUGCUGCCGAGAGGCUUAGAACAGACCUGGGUUUGCAGGCUGUAAGAGAUCUGUCAAGCAAAAAAAGAGUCAAGAAACCAGUUUCCCUGUCACAAGAAGAAAUAGACAAAGAUCAAGCCACAAUAGACGAGUUUAUUCAUUCGGGUGUCAAUUUGUGCUUUGGCAUUUUGCAAGUUGUCCUUUCCCUUAUCCCACCAGCUAUUGGUGCCGUGCUUUCUGUUGUUGGAUUCCACGGAUCGAGAGAAGAAGGCCUGCGAAUGAUCUGGCGAUCUUCAAGAGAUCGUAAUAUACAUGGUGGAAUAGGUCUUUUGUCUCUAUUAUUCUACUACGAUGGUCCUUUCCAGUUCACGGACGUAGACUUCGACAUCCCUCCAACCAGUGGCGAAAUCGCAAAGACUUCGUCCAAUGACCUUGAUGGGCCAACACUCCUUCAUCCUGGAAAAAAACUAGAAGAUUUACUACUGCGAGCCAGAGCUGUAUUUCCAAACGGUGCUCUGUGGCUUUUGCAAGAAGCGAGGAUGUUAUCUUCGAAGGGAAGGCCUCAAGACGCAGUCGACUUGAUGGAUUCGAUCGAUGUCAAUGGCAUAGAGAUGAAGCAAGUCAAGGCCUUAAUGAUAUUCGAUCGAGCUAUGAUUCUUGUUAAUCUGCACAAAUUUGAAAGGGCUGCUGAAGAUUUACUUUCACUUUUAGACGUGAGCGAAUGGUCUCACUCGUUAUACACCUACUUCGCAGGCUGUUGUUACUUGGAAAUGUACAGGAUGUGUCAAAUGGGACUUUUCGACGAUGCCAAGAUGGCUUUUUUCAAAGAGCGCGCGAGAGAACUGAUAUUUGGUUCCCCAGAACUCGCCGGAAGGAAGAAGUUCAUGGCCAAAAAUAUGCCACUGGAACGCUUCAUGCUAAGAAAGGUUGGCCAAUUCCAAAAAAACCAAACUGAGCUUCACGUAGAUGACCCACUCGAUGCUAUCGGGACUUCUCCAGUUCAUGAAUUAAUGUAUUUUUACAAUGGUUACAACAGAAUGACAGAAGAGGCUCUCACUCUCUCACAUACCCUGCUCACCACGUACAAAAAUCCCAUGGUAGAUGCCAAAGAUCCAGACCAGGAACUCCUAAGGAAUCUUCUGGUGUCUCUUACUUUGCGGAGACUCGGCAAAUUGGAAGAAGGUUGCGAACUUUUGGACAAGCAUGUUUUGCCGCAUAUUAUUGUGAUUGAGUCGGCUGAGAAGUUCAAGUAUAUACGAAAGACUGAAGAUCCUUGGGCUUAUCCAACCGCUCUCUAUGAGCGUGCUCUGUUCACAUGGAAAUUGAAGGGACUUGAUGGGCUAAAAGAGUGCCAAAUGUGGAUAACGAGAGCCCAGAACUAUGCGGAUGACUACGAACUAAGCACUCGUAUUGGUAUGACUAUUAAGGCCGCACACGAUAGACUACAGUCCUAA